AUGUCGACACCUGAAUCUCUGGACUUGAAAACUGUAAAAGAGCUUUGGGAUCAGAAUCAAAAUAAAAACCAGAACAAAUUGCACAAGAAAAAGAGAACCGAGAAUAUCACUCAAGUGAUAGCUGAUGGUAUUCAAGAUGAUAAUCUUUUAGAUUCAAAUCAUGUGACAGAAAUUUCAGCGACAGCUUUUCACCAAAAUUCUUCUGUCUUAUUACUUGAUUUAGCACAAUUAUUUGAUAAGGCAACUGAUGCUAAAUAUAGCGCCAUAAAAGCUAACCAAGAAGAAACUUUAUGCUGGACUAAUUAUGGAAAAGAAUUUAUAAUUCAGUAUAAUGAUCUUGUGAAAAAUAGUAAUGGAAAAAUUGGCGAGAAAAAGGCAAAGGGUAUAAUAUAUGAUAAAAUAUUGGAACACCUUAAUAUCAUCCGUGAAAGAAGAGCAUAUGUCGCCAGUCAGAAUUGCUCAGAGGUUAGUAAGUUCGUUGUCUGGUUUUAA